AGAAGAAUAGAAGAACCCACCAUAGAUCCUUGACCUUGAGUUUUGAAUUGUAAUAAAAAAAAUAUCUAAUUCUGAAGCUUUGAAUCCUUCAAACCCCUCGUCUGCUUCAAGUUUUUCUAAUUUCUACCCGGAAAGUUAGACGAAGCCACUAAUUGUUUUGGUUCGGGAUUUAGAAUCCUCUUUCUACUGCUUGCUUCCUUCUCUUUAUCAGGAAACGUAUUUGAAGGUUCAGACUCCAGAGUGGAAUACCAUUUUCUUUCCUCCUAUUCUAACUCCACUUCUCUGCCUACCUAACCCAUAUAUAUAAAUACAUAUACACCACGGAACUGGUAAGCAUCAAUAGAAAAUCAUUUGGUAGGAGGAGAACUCGUGAAGGUUGUUUGCUCUAUUUGGGUUUUCAGUUUGAUCUUUUUUAAAUCACAAUUCGGAGUCUGCUGCGGUUGGAGCUUCAUUGGGAUUGGAAUAUGAUCUUGCCAAACAGGAAUUUUGGUGUGGAAGAUAAUGUCGAGAAAGUUACAGUGAGGUCCAUAAGCUUCGACGGCAAGAACAAGGGAAUGACUCUAAGAACAGUUUCUUUCAAGAAAGAAGAUUCAGAUACCAUUUCGAAAUCAGAUGAAGGGUCUGAUAAGAUGGUAAUUGAAGAAUCUAUAAGUUUCAAUAAUGGGAAACACGAGAAAAUGAAAUUUGAAACAACGGUGUCGUUCAAGGAUUUAUCUGCUUGGAGGAGCAAGGAGGAUGAGUCUGUUCGAAAACAGAAACCAAAGAUUUCUCUUCCUGAACCAAACCCAUCUGUAUUUUUUUCUCCAAGGCCGGUAAGUGAGCUUGAUGCGGCUGCUGUUAAGGUUCAGAAAGUAUAUAAGAGUUACAGAACCAGAAGAAAUCUUGCAGAUUGUGCCGUUUUAGUAGAAGAGCUCUGGUGGAAGGCAUUAGAUUUCGCAGCUCUGAAGCGGAGUUCUGUAUCUUUCUUUGAUAUCAAGAGACCAGAAACUGCUAGUUCACGAUGGGCAAGGGCUAGAACGAGAGCUGCUAAGGUGGGUAAAGGUUUGUCGAAGGAUGAGAAAGCCCAGAAGCUAGCGCUACAACACUGGCUUGAAGCUAUUGACCCACGACAUCGUUACGGACACAAUUUGCACUUGUACUACGAUGUGUGGUUUGACAGUGAGAGCACCCAACCUUUCUUCUACUGGUUGGACGUGGGGGACGGGAAAGAAGUAAAUCUAGACAAGUGCCCGAGAGUGGAUCUACAGAGGCAAUGCAUCAAAUACCUUGGACCCAAAGAGAGGGAAGCAUACGAAGUGAUAGUGGAGAGAGGGAAGCUAGUUUACAAACAGGAGGGGACAUUCGUGGACACAGAUGAGAAGUCCAAGUGGAUAUUUGUACUAAGUACAGCGAGGGCAUUAUAUGUUGGCCAGAAGAAGAAAGGCGUCUUCCAACACUCCAGCUUUCUGGCUGGAGCUGCUACCACUGCCGCUGGAAGAUUGGUAGCCCAUGAUGGUAUUCUUGAGGCUAUAUGGCCUUACAGUGGGCAUUAUCACCCAACAGAGGAGAACUUCAAGGAAUUUAUUAGCUUCCUACAGGAGAAUCAAGUAGACCUCACCAAUGUCAAGAGGUUCGCAAUAGACGACGACAGUUCAUCUUACGUGCUUGCAACGGAUGAGGAAACUAAACCAGAGUCAACGGAAGAGGAGGAGGAGGAACCCACUUUAACGGCGGAUGUUAUUGGGUCCACCUCCCAAGAUACUACAAUUGUUGAUGAUCAAGAAGAAGAAGAAGAAACGAAGGGUGGAGAUGAAGGGACCAGCGUAGGAGAAGCAAGAGUUUUCGACUUGAGCAAGCGUUUGUCUUGCAAAUGGAGCACUGGAACCGGGCCACGUAUCGGGUGUGUUAGGGAUUACCCAGCGGAGCUUCAAUGGAGGGCACUGGAGCAAGUCAACCUUUCGCCAAGGCUCGCACCAAGUCCAGUUGGGGGAUGGGGGCCUAUUCCUUCCCCACGGCCCAGCCCAAAGGUCCGCCUCUCUCCAAGGCUUGCCUACAUGGGACUUCCUAGCCCAUCUCGCAUUCCUAAUAUUAAAGUCGCUCAGUAAUGCUAUAAUGGGUCAUGGACUUGGGUCUUUAAGGGCCCAUCUCGUGCCCUGACACUUCAGUCUUGACAGGCAGGGAUAAUUUUUCACGUUUUUAGAGGAUCUAAACCAACAGGGGCUUAAAAUUUUGCCCAGCUAAUGUUCCAUUUUUAUUUAUUUAUUUAUUUAUUUUUCAUGUUUAUUGGGAUUUUAACCCAUUCUUUCAAUCGUUGUUACAUUUGCUUCUAUUGUCA